CCUCCGCCGCCGCCGGGAGUGAGACGCGGGAGAAGCUCAGCCAUGGCCGGCGACGCGCUACGGGCGGCCGAUCUCCCCGGACGCGGGCGCGGGCUCGUGGCGGCGCGCGGCAUCCGGGAGGGGGAGGUCAUCCUCACGGAGCAGCCGCUGCUGCUCUACCCGGCGUCGCUCGCCUCCCUCGCCUCCUUCUGCGCCGCCUGCUUCCGCUCCCUCUCGGCCCCCGCCUCGCCAUGCCCUUCCUGCCGCGCCGCUGGAUUCUGCUCCCCGUCCUGCGCCGCGGCCUCCCACCCGCGCCUCCUCUGCGCGGCGCUCUCCGGCGGGAACCUCGCGUCCGCCGCCGAGCCGCACCAGGACCCGCUCCUCUUCCUCCUCUCCGCCUACUCCCUCCCGGACACGUCCCUCCGCGUGCUCCUCUCCCUCUCCGCCGCGACGCCGCCCCCGACCGACCAGGACCCGGCAAGCCUGCACGCCACGGUGGCGGCGCUGGUGCCGCCGCACAUGCUGCCCCCAGGGUUCUCGCCGGACCUCACGCCGGCGCUCCUAGCCAGGGACCGGACCAACAGCUUCUCCAUCAUGGAGCCCUACCGCCCCGAGGUGCCGCAGGAGCUCCGGAAGGCCAGGGCCUACGCGGUGUACCCGCGGGCGUCGCUGCUCAACCAUGACUGCCUGCCUAAUGCUUGCCAUUUCGAUUACACCGAUAGGCCGGGGCCGGGGAACACUGGCAUUGUGGUGAGAGCACUUCAUGAUAUCACUGAGGGGAGAGAGGUGUGCAUCAGCUAUUUCGCGGCCAAUUGGCAAUACAAGGAUCGGCAGCGCAAGCUGCUGGAGGACUAUGGAUUCCAAUGCGAGUGUGAGCGGUGUCAGGUGGAGAGCAAGUGGAAGCUAGAUGAUGAUAAUGAAGGUGGCGAUGGCGAUGACACCAUGGAAGAGGAGAGAGAGGAGUGUGGUGGAGAUGGUGCUGAUGACGAUGGGAUGGAGCAAGAGGAGGGGGGUGGAAGUAGCGAUGGCGAAGAUGAUUUCCCACACGCUUACUUCUUUGUAAGGUAUCUGUGUAACAAUGGUGACUGCUGUGGCAUGCUUGCACCACUGCCGCCUUUGCCGAAUGGUGAGCCGUCCCAUGUGUUUGAGUGCAAUGUCUGUGGGAAUCUGAAGAAUGAAGAUGAAAUUGAUGCGCCUGAUGGUGGUGAUUCCAGCAUGGCUGAUUAGGAUGAGCUGAGCAUAACCAUUCUGCUUGCUGCUUCUUUGGUGGGAGCUCAUAAAACUUUGGUGGUGGGACUUGUGAGUACUUUCCUGUAGCUGGUCGGAGUUUUGACGAACGAUAGCUUUAUUAUACACCUAAAUAUGGAGCGAUGUAUGAACACUAUUGGUUGACUGAAUGUUGAACAGGCAAUCCUCGUUGUACUCAGCAAUGUAUGAAUGAAAUAUAUCCGCUUCAUGGAGUCCUGCUUGUUCUAUCUAAUCCUCCUGUAUCAUCCUUGGUGAGUUAGACGUGCGUAAUUUAUGUAGUCAGAAGCUGAAUCUCCUGUGGCACUCGAACCAUUCAGUGUUGUCAUAAAGUCAUGCCAUGGUGUAGUUGAA